AUGGCGACGGUUCGCCGGGGCUCCGCGAAAUGGCUUUUCACCCGGGAACAAAUAGAAAAUUCACCGUCCCGUCGCUGUGGGAUCGAGCCAGACCGGGAAUUGUCGUACCGACAGCAGGCAGCCAACCUCAUCCAAGAUAUGGGCCAAAGACUUAACGUUUCUCAACUUACAAUUAACACUGCGAUCGUCUACAUGCACAGGUUUUACAUGCUCAACUCCUUCACUAAGUUCCACAGGAAUAUUAUCUCUCCAGCUGCUUUGUUCCUGGCUGCUAAAGUUGAGGAGCAGCCCAGAAAGCUUGAACAUGUCAUUAAAGUGGCACAUGCUUGUCUUAACCCACAAGACCCUCCUUUAGAUCCCAAGAGCAAUACGUACCUCCAGCAAGCUCAGGAGCUGGUUCUUCUAGAAACAAUAAUACUACAGACAUUGGGCUUUGAGAUUACUGUUGAUCAUCCUCACACUGAUGUGGUGAGAUGUUCCCAGCUAGUGAGAGCAAGCAAGGACUUGGCACAGACUUCGUAUUUCAUGGCUACCAACAGCCUGCACCUGACCACAUUCUGCCUGCAGCAUAAGCCCACUGUCGUAGCGUGUGUGUGUAUCCACCUGGCCUGUAAAUGGUCCAACUGGGAGAUUCCCAUCUCUUCUGACGGGAAACACUGGUGGGAGUAUGUGGACAGCACCGUGACCCUGCAACUAUUGGACCAGCUGACUCAUGAGUUCCUGCAGAUUCUCGAGAAGACGCCAAGCAGGUUAAAAAGAAUCAGGAACUGGCGGGCGUGUCAAGCCGCUAAAAAGUCCAAGACAGAGAACCAAUCAGUGGACACACCGUUCCAGGCACCCUCCCUGUUACAGGAAGGCUCAUUGGUUGAGAGCAUUUCUGGGGGCCCAUACUCUGAAUCAUCCUCUUCCUCCUCCUCCUUCCCCCUGGACCUGCCCACUCAAACAGGCGGGGCCAUGGCCCUGAACGGCAUCCCUAACUUGCAGAUCUCCACCUACCCUUUCCCUACUACCAGCCAAUCGGACACCUAUGCAGUCAGCCAGGAUGGGCUGGGCUCUAUGCACGGCUCCCUGGGUAAAGCGAGCUCAGGCAUUGGCCAACCGGCGGUUUUGGCUCCUCAGAAGCUGACUCUGGAUAAAUACAGAGAGAAACACGCGGCAGAGCUGGCACUUCAGAGACGCAGGCAGGGAGAGGCUGAUUACACGCAGCCUCAGUCACACGGCCAGUCUGAUCAGCACAGGAGACAUGUGACUGAGGCGUCUUCUUCCUCCUCCUCAUCCUCGUCCUCGUCCUCAAUGAGGAUGAAGUACUCUGGGUCAUCUCAGGAGCGGGCGGUGAAGAGUGGCUCUCUGAAGCGUCGGCACGCUGAGAAUGGCAGCGUGGCUCCAGAGGAGCUGAAGAUGAAAAUCAAAGUGUCGUCGGAACGCCAUGGCGACGGGAAAAACCGCCACGGAAGCCCGCGUUCCAGCAGAGACAAACACAGAGAGCACUCUGGCCAGCGUUCGUCUAAACACAUCCACCACACACACGCUGACGUCAACCUCAGCCACCACUCUGCCAAAUCUCACCGCAGCUCUAAAACCCUUAGCCAGUCCACCAAUCAGAGCUCAGCUUUACAUGCCCAGCCCCCUCUUGGCCAUGCCCAUGUCCCACCCACGUCACUAGGAUAUGGUCAGCUGGGCUCAGCAGUGAAAGCAGACAGGAGAGCAGUAGAGAGUCAUGGCUCUGAGAGCAGUCACGGCUCCACACUGCCGUUAAAUGGCCAACAUGUGAACUAUGAGGACACACUCAACAUGCUUGACUCCCUGUUCAACGCUCAGCAGAUGAAUUUUUAAAAUGAGGAAGAACGUUUGGUGGGGAAUAUUACCAAGAAAAAAAGGGUUCUUGAGGAAAAGGCCUGAAAGAAAGGAGAAAAAGAUUUUAAAAUGAUUUUAUGUGAUAAUCAUUCAGUCCAUGGUAUUUCAUAUUCACCUCUGGGUCAAUUC